AUGAUCAAUAAAACUAAAAAACAUCUUCAUACAUGUAGAGAAAACGAUAAAAAUCAACAAAAUAGAGAUAACUCGCAAGAUAAUAGAAAAAUAAAUAAACCAAAAAGGAAACAGGAAGCUUAUAUUGUGUCAUCUCGAUUUACAAGAUAUACAUCAGAACCAUUGCAACAACAAGCAAGUAACACCUCUAGUGAAAGGUAUAGGGUUCCCCCCCGAUUUAGAAGACUAUCACGAUCCAGUACUAGUACAAGUGAGUCAUAUAUGGGUCAUCCAAGAAAAAAAAGAGUUUUGUCACAUUCAGCUUCUACUGUAAGUGAAACUGAACGACAAGAAACAGAGUCAGUGUCACCAAUUUUGGCACCUGAUGUGACACAUUUAACAUCAGACGUGCCGACUGCAAUACCGGCUGAGUCGACUGUUACUACCGAUGAUCUAACUGUAAUACCCGAUUCGCCGACAGAAAGUCAUGUCGCGACACCUGUAGAACCUGUUUCACUGCCUGUAAGACCUGUUGUGACACCUCAAAAACCUAUAGGGUCAUCUGAGAGACCUGUAUGCAUCGUAACUCCUUUAAGGUCCGUUGCACCGCCUAUGACAUCUGAUGAGCCAUCCGAAAUACCUGACGGGCCAUCUGAAAUACCAGACGUACUACCUGUAAUACCAGACGUGCCACCUGCAAGACCGGUUGUGACACAUCACCAGGUACCACUUCUAAGACACGUCAUACCACCUGUAAUACCCGGUGUGACACCUGUGAGAUACUUCUUGCCGCCUGUUUUACCUGGCGUGCCACCUGUUUUACCUGGCGUGCCACCUGUUUCACCUGGCGUGCCACCUGUUUCACCUGGCGUACCACCGACAAGAGCUUUAGUGCCGGUUAUAAGACACCACCUGCCACCUGUCAUAAUGCCUUAUUAUCCUAGGUAUCCACAGUUAAAUUACGGUAGUGUUUUCAAUUUGAAUAUUGAUUUGUAUAUAGAAGAUCCAAUGUAUAAUAUGCCUUAUUAUCGCUUUCCUAUACCUGUAUAUAAUCCAAGACCUGUUUUAGCUUCACCAAUUUAUAUGAAUAGAUUGCCUAUUAGAACGCAGAUGGCGCCAAGAAUACCACAUAUACCACCACCACCACCACAACUACUGGUACCACCACAAUUGCCACUACAACAAUUACCACCAUCACAACAUCUUCCACAACAGCUACUUCCUCAACAGUUACCGCCACAAUUACCACCGCAAAACCUACCACCUCAAGAACCACUACAACGAGCACCACCACAACAAGAACCACCACAACAAGAACCACCACAACAAGAACCACCACAACAAGAACCACCACAACAAGAACCACCACAACAAGAACCAACACAACAAGAACCACCACAACAAGAACCACCACAACAAGAACCACCAGAACAAGAACCAUCACAACAAGAACCACUACAACAAGAACCACCACAACAAGAACCACCACAACAAGAACCACCACAACAAGAACCACCACAACAAGAACCACCACAACUACAAGUGAUACAACAAAAACCGGCACAGCAACAACCAUCACAACCACAACCGGUACUGCAACAAUCACCGCAACAGAAACAGUCACAACAACAAGAGCAACGACUACGGCCGCAAAGGCAACAACCGCAACGGCGAAACCCGCCACAACAUCAACCACCAAAACAACAACCGCUACAACAACAACAACCGCCUCAACAACAACAACCGCAACGACAAAAACCGCAACAAAAACAGUCACAACAACAAAAUCAAAAGCAACAACGACAACGACUAUCACAACUACAAACGCCACAUCAACAACCGCCUCAACAACAAAUCCCACAGCAACAACCGUCACAACAACAACCGCAACGACGACACCCGCAUCGACAAAAACCACAUCGAAAGCAACCACCGCUACACCAACCGUCUCCACAGCAAUCGCAACGACAAAAACUACUACAGCAACAACAGCAACUACCGUCAAGACAAGAAAAAUCACCACAACAACAACAAAAGUUACCACAACAACUACAAUCAUCACUAUCGCUGCCUCCAUCCGUAUCUGUAGCAGAAGUGCCAUCUAUCUCUGACUCCGAAAACGAACCUAUAGUUGAGAGGUCACUGGAACAAAUCGUACCAGAUACAGAUUCACCAAGUGAACACCGACCAUCCGCUGAUGGAAACUUGAGCACAGACGUGGUUUUUUAUAUGCCAGGUGAUGAAGCAAUAAUACCAACGGACCCUGCGUAUUACUUAACAUUACCCAGAAACUUGUACCCCACAGCAUUAAUGGCACAACUGGAUCCGAAUCCUGUAAUCGAUGAACUAUGUAAAUUGGCCAAUUUAUAUAACAAUGUGUCUUGGAUGCUGGACUUGGAGUUUGGUAUACCAAGAGUGCCGAUCACACGGCCCAUACCAAUAUACGAUGUGAAAUAUAAUAGUAUUCAUUGUAGGAAUACACCAGGUGCAAUACACCCUGGUUUCGAAAGCUGCAGUGAUGAAUUCAAAGAUGUUUAUUUAUUUUACUAUGAUUAUAUAAUAUCUUCAUGGUACAGAGGCUUUAUGGCUUCAUAUAGGAUUGAUUCAGUGGAAAAGUUCCAGGAGUGGAUAAUUUUAGCAAUGCAAGUAUUCGGGAUGUGUUGGCCCUGA